GGCGCAGUGGAGGGACACCCCGGUUUGGUGCUCUGAGGACCGGCCUGCUCUGAACUUCACUGACCCUCACCAUGUGUGACGAUGAAGAGACCACCGCGCUCGUGUGCGAUAACGGCUCGGGGCUGGUGAAGGCGGGCUUCGCGGGAGAUGACGCUCCUCGCGCCGUGUUCCCCUCCAUCGUGGGCCGGCCCCGUCACCAGGGUGUGAUGGUGGGCAUGGGCCAGAAGGACUCGUACGUGGGAGACGAGGCCCAGAGCAAGAGGGGCAUCCUGACCCUCAAGUACCCCAUCGAGCACGGCAUCAUCACCAACUGGGACGACAUGGAGAAGAUCUGGCACCACAGCUUCUACAACGAGCUGCGCGUGGCCCCCGAGGAGCACCCCACCCUCCUCACAGAGGCGCCCCUCAACCCCAAGGCCAACAGGGAGAAGAUGACGCAGAUCAUGUUCGAGACGUUCAACGUGCCCGCCAUGUACGUGGCCAUCCAGGCCGUGCUGUCGCUGUACGCCUCCGGACGUACCACAGGUAUCGUGCUGGACUCCGGUGACGGUGUGACGCACAACGUGCCCAUCUACGAGGGCUACGCUCUGCCGCACGCGAUCAUGCGCUUGGACUUGGCCGGACGUGACCUGACCGAUUAUCUGAUGAAGAUCCUAACAGAGAGGGGCUACUCCUUCGUCACGACAGCUGAGCGCGAGAUCGUGCGUGACAUCAAAGAGAAGCUGUGUUACGUGGCUCUGGACUUUGAGAACGAGAUGGCCACGGCCGCCUCCUCUUCCUCUCUGGAGAAGAGCUACGAGCUGCCCGACGGACAGGUCAUCACCAUCGGCAACGAGAGGUUCCGCUGCCCCGAGACCGUCUUCCAGCCGUCUUUCAUUGGUAUGGAAUCCGCGGGCAUCCAUGAGACCACCUAUAACAGCAUCAUGAAGUGUGACAUCGACAUUCGCAAAGACCUGUACGCCAACAAUGUGCUAUCCGGAGGCACUACCAUGUAUCCGGGCAUCGCUGACCGCAUGCAGAAGGAAAUCACCGCCCUGGCACCGUCCACCAUGAAGAUCAAGAUCAUCGCUCCUCCGGAGAGGAAGUACUCGGUGUGGAUCGGAGGCUCCAUCCUGGCCUCUCUCUCCACCUUCCAGCAGAUGUGGAUCAGCAAACAGGAGUACGACGAGGCCGGCCCCUCCAUCGUCCACAGGAAGUGCUUCUGAACGCAACAUCUCUCUCUUCUCUCUCUCCCUCUCUGUUUCUCUCUUCUCCUCUCUUCUUCUCCUCUCUCGUGUCUCUCUUCUUCUUCUCGUCCUUGUGUCCUGAGCUUGAGAAGCAGCUCCAUCUUGUCCUCACCAAACGUUUGUUUACAUCAAAGUGCUACUUUUAUUUUUAUGUAUAGUUUGUAAUAAAUGCAGAAAACUCAAA